UUUGCUGACACAAAUAUAAAAGAAAAAGAAGAAAUUAGUGUUUGUUGUGCUGUCGAACGUCUUCGGAAGAAAAUUAAUAGUUUUAUGGUGAAAUUAAAUCAAAACAACUGAAAAAAAAUGCCUGAAAAAUCGAAAUCGUCUGACCGUGAUGAUAGUGUUGAGUUGGAAACACAAGUGGUAUUACGAAUGCCAGUGGAACCAGCGCAAGUAUUGCGAGAGUGUUUACGCGAAGGUGGACCGAAUUUAAAGGAUCGUUUGUCCGUAAAAUUGGAACAUGAUUUGCGAUACGGUGAAGUGCGUUUCGAUCAUUGGUUAAUGUUUACGAAGCUGGUGGAUUUGCCGACGAUAACGGAGUCAUUGAAAACGAUUGACAACAAGAAUUUCUACAAAUCGGCCGACGUAUGUCAAAUGCUGAUGUGCAAAUAUGAGCCCGAUGCACCGACCACCGACGAUGAAUCGCCAGCAAAAAAUAAGAAAAAAGACCCGACCAAAGUGGAUAAAAAAUAUUUGUGGCCGCAUGGAAUAACGCCACCGUGUAAAAAUGUACGCAAACGUCGUUUUCGUAAAACAUUGAAGAAGAAAUGUGUUGAAGCGCCCGAAAUUGAAAAGGAAGUGAAGCGUUUGUUGCGCGCCGACAACGAAGCGGUUCAAGUGAAGUGGGAUAUUGUACUCGAAGAGGAAGAUCCAAAUAAGCCAAUGUUGAUAGGCAAUGACGAAAGUACAUCACAGUCGGCGAUCGCAAUGGAUAUGGCGGGAACAUCGGGGCAAGAUAAAAAAUCGAAACCAGACACCGAAAAAACCAUUGAAGACAGUUCGGAUAUUAUUCCGCGUGACAUUGAUAUUUUUGGUGAAGAUUUAUCGUCAUCUGACGAUGAAGACAAUAAUAUUAAUGUGGAUGUCGAUGAAACGAGUCGCUUGUCAGCCGACGACAGUCGAUCAAACUUUUUCAGUUCGAUGCAAGGCACCGGUUCAAUGGCCACCGAGUUCAGUAAGCAAAUGUUCAACCGAAGUCCGUCUCGUUUACGGCAAACCAGCGAUAGCAUGGAGCCACCACACACACCGCCCGCUUCAACCAGUCGCCAAUUCUUUGAUAGCGAACGACUCGAUGUGGACGAUAAUGAUUUCUCCAUGCCACAAAUGACACAGGAUGAAAUUCAAGGCAAAAUCGCCGAUUUGCGACGUCAAUUGAACGAUUUGCGUGAUCAGCGCAUUGCAAAGGAACAGGAAAUUUCAUCGAUUGAAAAUGAAACGUUGCGACAACGAAUGCAAGAUGCACUGGAUAACAUUCUCAGCCAAAUUCUUGACAAAGAAAUGGAAAUGCAAGACUAUCAAUCGAUGCUGUUGUAAUUUUAUACUCCAAAAAACGGAACGAAAAAAAAAACCAAUUCAAUAAAAAUCAAUAUUUAUAUAUAUCACCAUCAAAA